AUUAAUUAUCAGGCCAUCUUUAUACAAAAUUGGAGUUGAAUCUCCUGCAUUUUUAGAAAGAAUUCAAGGAGAUAUUUGUGGGCCAAUUACCCCUCCAUGUGGACCGUUUCGAUAUUUUAUGGUGCUCAUUGAUGCAUCAACACGUUGGUCACAUGUCAGUCUUUUAUCGACUAGAAAUUUUGCAUUUGCAAAUCUCCUUGCUCAAAUUAUUCGUUUGAGAUCACAAUUUCCGGAUUAUUCGAUAAAGAAAAUCCGACUUGAUAAUGCAGGAGAAUUUACAUCCCAAUCUUUUAAUGACUAUUGCAUGUCAAUUGGGAUUGAUGUGGAACAUCCAG